AUGGCUGCGCAAGUUCCACCCAAGUGCAGUGACGCUACCAACGACAAGUGCGACCCCGUCACGGCUGUCGGUGGCGACGCAGGACGCAAGGCCAGCACCCACGAUAGCUCAGGUGUCUCCGGCGGCGGCACGACCACCGGCAGCGCAGUGAACAGCAGUCGUUCAGCAUCGUACAGUUACCUCUUCACGUCCGGAGGACAGCGGUACAAUCAACCCGUCGCGAAGAAGAGGACACGGUAUUCACCCGAGUACAUCCCGAGGAAGAACGUAAAGAAGGCGGAGGGAGCGGAGAAGGACAAGGCGGUGGAGAAGGACAAGGCGGCGGAGAAGGACAAGGCGGCGGAGAAGGACAAGGCGGCGGAAAAGGACACACGCUAG